CCCCCCACCAGGAGGAGGAUGCGGGUCCGUGUUCGUGGUCCUGACUCCAGUCUGGGGCUCGGGUCUGAGGACUCCAGCUCUGCUCCGGGAUCCUGCGGGAUUUUUUGCGUGGAUCUUUUUUUUUUUUUUUUUUUUUUCUUUUCUUUUUUUUCUGUGCGUGUUUUCGGUGCAGAUGUAGCGGGUCGGACGGUCACAUCUGGGAUAAAAAAAAAGAAAACGGGAUUAUGAUUGGCCUCGGACGCGCGUGUCCACGGAGUUCCAGCUGAGGUUCUCGUCCACACUCGGACCGGAUUCUGCGCGUGAUGGAGACCAGUGAGCUCGCGGUGAUCAAACUUUUCGUCGUGGGGAUUCUGGUAAAUACAUGGAUGAUGAAAGGGUUAUCAGCUACCGAGAGUUUCAACGUGGAGCCCACCCCCCCACGGCCCAAGAAAGUCUGCAACGAGUCCCGUCUGCAGUGGGAGGUGGAGAUCUGUGGGGAGAACUUCAAGAAGGACAUGGUCCACAUAGACCCACAGUACUGGUGCAACCUCACACACUUCAUCAGUGAGUACCACCUGUUCACCCUCUGCACUGAGACCAAGUCCCUCUCGGUGGGCUGUUACUGGCCCAACCCUCUGGUAGAGGGCUACAUCAUCGGCAUACACAAGCACUUUUUCUUCAACUGCACCAUGAAGCUGGAAGGAUGGGUGGACCCGCCGGACGACACGCUAAUCAUCCUAAUCCUCAUCCCCGUUUUCCUCACCUUGGCCAUGAUCGCCUUGGUGGUCUGGUGCAGUAAGAGGAGCGACAUCCUGGCUUAGGGACAAGGAUGAGGACAAUAUCAAGUCUACGGAGGGUUUGGAACGUUGUCAGAUUUGGUCAAAUUAUCUCCAAAGCUACUAUGGAAAAGAGGAAAAAUGUUAAACUGUCCUGCUUUUAAGUCUAGUCCACAUGUGCAUUGGGUGUUUUCAUCCACAUGCUAAUGCUUCUGGUUCUUCUGGAAAAAUGAGUGUUAGCUUGUAGCCUUUACGCUAGGGGUGUCAAAGUCGUUUUAGUUCAAGUGAGUCAGACCAAUACAA